AUGUCAUCCCAACUAACCUCCUGGGACCGCCUGGUGCGCUACGUCUCCGAAAAGGACGGCAAGAUCCGGUACGGCGAGCCCAUUGUGUCCGACGAGAAGCCCGACAUCGACCAGUUGGCGCAAGACGGCAAGCUCGAAGUGCACGUCCUCGAAGGCGCGCACCCGAUCGAUGCCAAGCGCACGGGCGAGCAGGAUAAAGUGAAGAAGUUGCUUGGGCCGUUGACCGUCAAGGACGUGCCUAUCAUCCGCUGCGUAGGGUUGAAUUAUAAGACGCAUAUCCUCGAAACGGGCUUCGACCUCCCCAAGAACCCAACCCUCUUCAUCAAAGCCAGCCCAGCAGUAGGCGACACGCGCGCCCCGGUCCCCAUCCCGCCCCUCGGCCAACCGCAAUGCGACUACGAAGGCGAACUCACCGUGCUCAUCGGCGCCGACGCGAAAAACGUCAGCGAAGCCGACGCCCUCAACUACGUCGCCGGCUACGUCACCGGCAACGACGUCUCGUGCCGCGACUGGCAAAUGGACAAGGAGAAAGCGGGCAUGAUGCCGCAGUGGAGCUUCUCCAAGUCCUUCGACAACUACGCCCCGCUCGGCCCGUGUCUUGUUUCCUCGCGCCUGCUGGGCGACGGCGGGAAGCUGAAGUUGCGCACGUGGGUGAAUGGGGAGGAGAGGCAGAAUUCCGACACGUCGGAUUUGUGCUUUGGGGUGCGCAAGUUGGUGAGCUGGUUUAGUCAGGGGCAGACGUUGCAGAAGGGGAGUUUGAUUAUGACGGGCACGCCGGGUGGGGUGGGCGUGGCGAUGAAGCCGCAGACUUAUUUGAAGGAUGGCGAUGAGGUGGCGGUGGAGAUUGAGGGCAUUGGGAGGCUGGUGAAUACGAUGAAGUUUGUGCAGUAG